GCCUGGGGGUCUUGUGCGGGAAAGGCCACUUUAAAUGCGUUAAAUGUGUAUUUAGUGCUCUGUAUCAGUACCCAUAGUUCGCGCUGAUGUUGGUUGGGGUAAGGAGCAGCUGAUCUCAUUUAGCCUCAGUAGCUCGGCAUCCCGCAGGUGUUUGGGUUUUGGUUUAUAAUCUCAGUGCUGAGGGAGCAUGAGCCAUCUGCAGAACUUACUGUUAGAUACCCUCCUGGGAACAAAGCAUGUGGACAGUGCAGCCCUCAUCAAACUCCAAGAACGAAGCUUGUGUGUAGCAUCACCAGGAUUUAGUAUAAUGCCUGGUGAUGUCCGAACACUUGUGAAUGGAUUCGCCAAGAACCCUUUGCAAACCAGAAGAGAAGGAUUGUAUUUCAAGGAAAAGGACUACAAAUGUAUCCGGGCAGAUGACUAUUCUCUUUAUGCUAAGAAUGAAAACACUGGUGUGAUUGUUGUGAAGACCCAUAUGUAUCUUCUGGUGGCAACUUACACUGAAGGCAUGUAUCCUAGUGUUUGUGUGGAAGCCACAGAGAAGCUGGGAGAAUAUCUAAGAAAAAAAGGAAAUUAAGUCAUCAAAGGACUAUGGACUAUUUUGUGUUUGAAAACACUAGGAAGAAGAUAAUAAAAAGAAGAACGAGUUAAGGGAGCAAUUUUUCUUAUUUCAAGAGAUCCUCUUCUUUAAUUGGAAUUCUUUGAUAAGCUUUACUUGGUUUUUUUGUUUGUUUUUUUUUUAAGUGUUGGUCAUUGACAUGAGUGUGAGAAACCUGAUAGCUGCCCAGGGCUUAUCCGUUGAGAAACCCAUCCAUGAGUGUCUUGCACUCCCACACAUCUUGCUGGGUAUGCCAAGAAUGCAAGGCUCUAACAACUGUUCAUCCAGGCCAUUUCUCAGGGCGAUUUUGCAGAAAGCAACCUUAAACAACGAAGUAAUGCCUCCCUGCAGAACGAAGAGCAAACUUUCUUACUGCUUGCUAUAAAAGAGCACGCUGCUUGCCCACCUAUACUUAGGAUGCCAGCCUUACAGCGUCAAUGAGUUAAAAGCCCGCCCUGGCUGCAAAAUGGACCGCACUCUACUUCCCUAGCGAGACGAAGUUUCUCUUCUUGCAGGGAGGGCUGGAACAUUCCCUGCCAACAGGAAGAAAGAUUAGUUUCCCAGGCUUAAAAAAAAAAAAAAAAAAAAAAGAAACCNGAACCUGAUUCGCUGUCACUAACUUUGCAUCUUAAAGGGGAAAGGAGGAGAAGGAAGUGGAGGAUAGGUCCCGGUCAGUCCCACCCCUGGCACUGCCCACAGUCCAGCCGUCCUUCGCGCUCGACACCGAGGCAGUCCUGGGCUGUGGGGUUCUCCUCCAGGGACGCGAGGAAGGGGAG